AUGGCUUAUCUGGGCCCUGUAACUCAUGAUCUCUCACAAGGCGACAAUCAUCUUAGGGUUCAACUGGGGGUCCAACUUAUUCACCUGGUGAUUGGCAGUAUUGAGGCCUUGGUGGACAUGGUGGAGCUGAGGCUGAAGAAUGGAGGCCACCGCUGUGAGGGGAGAGUGGAAGUGAAGCAGGAAGGAAUAUGGGGCACAGUGGGUGAUUACAGCUGGUCCUUGAAGAAUGCAGCUGUGGUGUGCAGACAGCUGGAAUGUGGAGAUGCUGUUGACACUUCCAGAAAGCCUCCUCUUGAAUCAGGGGCUGGGCUCACUUUGUUGUUUUCUUGUAAAGGGACAGAAUCAACUGUUAAAGACUGUCAUCAUUAUUUUCGUUUGUACAACAGUAGGUAUAUCUGGAAUGCUGGAGUAGUCUGCUCAGGAUUUGUGCGUCUGGUUGGAGGGGAUGGACCCUGCUCAGGACGAGUAGAAGUGCAUUCUGGAGGAGACUGGACUCCAGUGUCUAACAGAAACUUUACGUUCCCCACUGCCCAGGUCAUCUGUGCAGAGCUGCAAUGCGGCAAAGCUGUGUCUGUCCAGGUGGAUGUGCCCUUCAGAAAGUCAGAUGGACGGGUCUGGGAUAAAGAGUUCAGGUGUGAAGGAGAAGAGACAAGCCUCUGGUUCUGCCCUAGUGUGCCCUGUCUAGGAGUCCCUUGCCAGCACAGUGGCACUGUUCAAGUUGUGUGUUCAGCAUACACAGAAGUCCGGCUCAUGAAAAAUGGCACCUCUCAGUGUGAGGGACAAGUGGAGAUAAAGAUUUCUGGAGAAUGGAGAAUGCUCUGUGCUUCCCACUGGUCUAUGGCCAAUGCCAAUGUUGUCUGUCAUCAGCUCGGUUGUGGAGUUGCCAUCUCUACCCCAAAAGGAGCAUGCUUUGUGGAAGGAGGUGAUCAGAUCUGGAAAGCCCAAUUUCACUGUUCAGGAGCUGAGUCCUUCUUAUGGAAUUGCCCUAUGACUGCCCUGGGCAUUUCUGACUGUACCAAUGGAAACACAGCCUCUGUGAUCUGCUCAGGAAACCAAAGCCAGGUGCUGCCCCAGUGUGAUGACUCCAUGUCUGAACCAGCAGGCUCUGCAGCCUCAGAGGAGAGAACUGUCAACUGCUCAGAGAGCAGACAGCUCCGUCUGGUGAACGGUGGUAAUCGCUGUGCUGGCAGAGUGGAGAUCCUUCACCAGGGCUCCUGGGGCACCAUCUGUGAUGACAGCUGGGACCUGAACGAUGCCCACGUGGUGUGCAGACAGCUGGGCUGUGGAAACGCCCUCAAUGCCACGGUCUCUGCUCACUUCGGGCAGGGAUCAGAGCCCAUCUGGCUGGAUGACGUGAACUGCACGGGAAAGGAGUCCCACCUGUGGAAGUGCCCUUCCCGGGGCUGGGGGCGGCACAAUUGCUGGCACAAGGACGACGCAGGGGUCAUCUGCUCAGAGUUCGUGGCCCUCAGGAUGGUGAGCGAUGACCAGGAGUGUGCUGGGUGGCUGGAAGUUUUCUACAAUGGGACCUGGGGCAGUGUCUGCGACAGCCCCAUGGAAGCCAUGACCUUGUCCACCAUCUGCAGACAGCUUGGCUGUGGGGACAGUGGGACCCUUAACUCUUCUGUUGGUUUUAGGGAAGGUUCUAGACCCCAGUGGGUGGAUGGAAUUCAGUGUCGGAAAACUGAUAUGUCUCUCUGGCAAUGUCCUUCUGACCCUUGGAAAAACAGUUCAUGCUCUUCAAAGGAGGAGGCUUAUAUCAUGUGUGCAGGUGAAUAA